AUGAGCCCCACCCCAGCGACGGUGCCCUGCCAGUACCGCACUGGGAAGACUCUGGGCAGUGGAACGUAUGCCAUUGUCAAGGAGGCUGUUCACAUCAAGACGGGGGAGUACUAUGCGUGCAAAGUGAUCAACAAGAAGCUUAUGGAGGGGCGGGAGUACAUGGUGCGGAACGAGAUCGCAGUGUUGAAGAAGGUCUCAAGAGGCAACCCCAACAUCGUUACGCUUCACGACUACUUCGAGACAUCCCACAAUCUGUACCUGUGUUUCGACCUUUGCACGGGCGGUGAGCUUUUCGAUCGGAUAUGUGCGAAGGGAAAUUACUACGAAGCCGACGCUGCCGAGCUGGUGCGGACGAUCAUGGGCGCCGUGAAGUACAUCCACGGCUGUGGUAUCGUACACAGGGAUUUGAAGCCCGAAAACCUGCUGUUCAGGACGAAGGACGAGGACGCAGACAUCAUGAUCGCAGACUUUGGUCUCAGUCGUGUUAUGGAGGACCAUCUGCUCACGGAGGUCUGUGGUACGCCGGGGUACAUGGCCCCGGAGAUUUUCAAGAAAACUGGCCACGGCAAGCCUGUCGAUGUCUGGGCCAUGGGUGUCAUCACCUACUUCCUCCUCUGCGGCUACACGCCCUUCGACCGCGACACGCAGCAGCAAGAGAUGGAGGCGAUCCUCGCGGGCGACUACAAGUUCGAGCCGGACGAGUACUGGCAGAACGUCUCCCAGCCCGCGCGCGACUUCGUCGCCUCGUGCCUCACGAUCGACCCCGCCGCACGCCCGACCGCGGAGGAGGCGCUCCAGCUCCCGUGGCUCGCGGCCGCGACGCCGCACUACGUGGCCGACCCCGAGAGCCCGCACGGCGGGCCGAAGGACCUGUUGCCGCAAGUGAAGAAGGCGUUCGACGCGAAGAAGACUUUCCGGAAAGCGGUCCUCUCCAUGGUGGCGAUGCGCCGGAUGUCGACGCUCGCACACACGCAUACGCUCGAUCCGCAGAUCGGCGGCAAGAGCCUGCGGCAGCUCCUCGAAGAGUCCGAGAAGGAACACGUCGACGGCGAGCACUCUGUCAUGCACUUCGACAGCAGCUCGUCCGAAGGCGGCAGCCCCGGCGGUGAGGAGCACGGCACGCUCGUGGACGCGCUCUCGUCCGUCAAGCUCUCGACUGCUGCGAAGUAAUGACGAUUGUUCGGGUCGUAGCAGUUACGGGAGUAUGCAGACCGGCGUUGGAUUGCUGUCUGAGUGACAUUCAACUUAGUGGUAGAUUUAUGUAGGAUACGGCAGACCUGCUGAGUAGUGUUCGAUAGUGCAUCGUCGGUUGUUAUCUAACGCGAAGUGAUAAUGUGUUAUGAGAUACCAAGGUUAUCCAUGCUAUAUGGCAGUCGAACUGCAGAUCCACGCAAG